AUGCCCACCGUUGUUGGCAAGCAAGUCGGCCCAAUCGGCUACGGCCUCAUGAGCCUCGGGCUCGGGCUCGGGACAGCCCCCGACUCCAACUCGGACGAGUCCAGCCUGGCCGCCAUCAAGACCGCCGUAGAGUGCGGCUGCACGUUCCUCAACGGCGCCGAGUUCUACGGCCGCGGCCCGGACGACAACUCGCUCGCCCUCCUCCGCCGCUACUUCGCCAGGUACCCCCAGGACGCGGACCGGGUCGUCGUCAACAUCAAGGGCGGCCGACACUCCAACAUGGUCCGCUUCGACGGAAGCAAAGCCGCCGUCACAGCCAGCAUCGAGCACUCGCUCCAGCAACUCGGGCCCGCGGGGAGGAUCGCCCAAUGGGCCCUGGCAAGAAAGGACCCGAGCCACGACUACCAAGACGAGACGCUGGCCGCCAUAGACGCCUUCGUCAGGAGCGGCCGCAUAGACGGCAUCUCCACGAGCGAGAUCAACCGCGAGACCCUGCGCAGCCCGCAGCUCUCGCUCUUCCACACGGACCCCCUGACCAACGGCUUGCUCGCGGCCUGCGCGGAACUCGACAUCCCCGUCGUUGCGUACUCGCCCCUCGCACGCGGCCUGCUCGGCGGCCGCAUCAAGUCCAUCGACGACCUCGCCCCGGACGACCCGAAGCGCCGCCUGCCGCAGUUCCAGGACGGGAACCUCCAGGCCAAUCUCAAGCUCGUGGAAAAGGUGGCCGCCCUCGCCCGGGAGAAGGGCUGCACCCCGGCCCAGGUCUCGCUCAACUGGCUCCUGUCGCUUUCCAAGCGGCCCGGGAUGCCCGUCAUCAUCCCCAUCCCCGGGUCUUCCGACCCCGAGAGGAUCAAGGAGAACGCCACGAUUACGCACCUCACAGACGACGACCUGGCAGAGAUCGAUGCCAUGCUUCGGGGCUUCGUCGUCGCCGGAGAGAGGUAUCCGGCCGCGUACAUGGGGCAAUUGCAGCUGUGA